AUGGCAACAUUGCAUCCCGAUGACUAUAACGGGUAUUACAUGAGUGAUACCGCGUCGGUGCCUUCAGCUGCACUGGAAUCUCUACCUUCCUCGUCACAACAACCCAGCAUCUCAUACGGGGGGACGACGAGUGACACAAGCUUUCGAGAGCCAGACCCGUUCCCCUCCCAAGAUUUUCCUUCCCAUGCCACCACUGCUUGUGCGGAGGACCUCCUCUUUUUUGGCGACUUCACAUCCAAUGAGCCUUUCAAUCUACCGGAGGGUGAUAUUUUGCCCAAAAGCCCCAAUGAGAACGCUGCCUCUCAGUUAAAGACCGAACAAACUCGCCCCGAGAGGAGAAAUGGGGUCGUCGGCGUGCCUACCAUCAAUACUCACCGUGGUACUGCCGGCUCUAAAAGUCUGGUCGAGGCCCGGGAUGAUAUUAUGGAUUUUAUCAAUGUUCACCUCAAUAAACAAGAAUGUACUUCGGCACAUAUCUUGCGAACAAAAAAGGCGAUAGACGUUCUUGAGGAACUCUUGAAGAACUAUCCGUCUCCAGGAACCGAGAGCAUCGUGAAUGACGGCGGGUGCUUGAUUUGCGGCGUCACGUCCCCGAGGUUUAUGAACAAAGGGGUCUUGACAAGGCACGUUAAGGACCAGCAUUUCCCUCAAUUCAAACAUUCCUGCCCCAAGGACGGCUGUACCGUGACACAGCACCGCAAGGACAAGAUGAAAGCCCACAUCCGUGCUCAUCCAGGAAUCAACCCAGAAAGCUUCGACACAUCGGAGUUUCCUUGUCCCAUUCAGUGCCCUUGCUGCAGACUACUCACCAACGGUUGGGAAGAGUUCUAUACUUGUAUCAUCUCUCACCACAAGAUUGGCGCACCACAAUCCGAGCGUGCUGUUUCUCGAAACGGUAGUGCCGACCAUGGUCAAGCACCUCAAAUGGUGUUCCCAGAGAACGUUCUCCUUCCUCCACCAUGGCUCGAGACCAACUUCGUCCACCGCGAGUGA